CCAACUACACAUACCAACACAAUGACAACAGAAUAACAUCUUUUCGACAACUCAUUCUUUUUCUUUAGAUAUUGGCCAAUAUUGGAGCAGUAUUUACACACCCUAUACAAAUCGCGCUCCCAAACCUCUCUUCACUUGCCAAUUUCGUCGUCUCGCAAACUCAACAUACAUCACCACCGUUUCAUGAUCAUAGAUAUAUUCCCCUAAUACCCAAAAACGCCAAUGUCCCGCCCAUUAACUCAAUCUGACCUCAUCUUCCCUACCAACUCCCUCUCCCUCUCCUCCACUCUCUCGUCUCUGAAACGCUCCGCCCUGAGCAUACCGAACCGCCUCGCAUCCAUCACCUCCGACUCCGCAUUCGUCAUUUCCGUCUCAGAAGCGUACGGACUGCCGCUGGUGGCCAACGAAAGAUGCGGCAGUUGGUACAUUCCGCCCGAGAGGAAGACGGGGAGCUGCUAUUUCAAGAGCACCGACGGCCAUGUCAGCGGAUGGAGUUUUAGCCUAAGGAGAUUAAACUUUCAGGUUCUGGAUGUUGUUGGGAAACAUGGAGGUUGCGUCAUCGUCGACUCAACCCGCAGAGGCAAAAGCAUGCCAGACGCCCUCUCCAAAACCAUCCCCAUCUGGACCUGCGUCCUCAACCGCGCACUCUUCCCCUCCCCAGGCCCCCACCACGACCUCUUCACCCCACCCACCGCCGUGUCCGCCUCCGAGUACGCCCAAAUCGAAAAACGCAUCGACGCCUUCGUCAAGUCGUUUCUGGAAAUCUGCAAUCCUCCAAUUGACCAUCUUCGGCAGCUUCUCUCCAACAAGCCCCUGCGGCCCCUCUGGGUCGCGCAAUCUUCCCCCCUUCCUCCUGUGCCGCCUUCCUUUGAGGACUUCCAUCCGAUCAUUUGCUGCACCGCUUCUCGCCGCGUUCACGGCGCCGAAGCUUCUGAGAAUGGGUACAUCCAAGGUGCCGCCGACGAUCACGAGGCGUGGGCAAGAGGUCUCACGCCCGUCGUAUUCUGGCAGAACCACGAUCUACUUAUGACGACGAAUGAGGAAGAUUUACCUUCCCUUAUUGGGGAAUUGGUAGCGAAGGAGAGAGGUCCUCAAGCCGUACCCAUUCUCAUCAAGCCCACUUCGAACCUGUACGUCUCAGCAAGCGAAAACCUGGAUCUUGGACCCUUCGACGUUAUCAUAAGCUGUACCCCUAAACCCUUAACUACCAGAAAUCGGGAGUUUGUAAAGAGUAAGAAAUAUCUCCAUCUCCCGCUCGCGGCAGGGAAACUUGGCUCUCGAGACCUCCGUGUCCAGUUGUCCCGUCUGCAACCUUUUCUGGAAAAUUUCUCAAGGGAGAGGGACAAAGAAGGCAAGGAAGCACCUUCUAUACUAGUCUGCGAUCCCACAGGCAAGGACCUCGCCGUCGGAGUCGCGCUCACGAUUCUAUGCCUUUAUGCCGAUGAUGGAGGCAAUAUUUCGCUCUCGAGUGCGUCCACAGUCGAUAGCGCUGGACUUGGGAAGAGAAAGAUCGAUAAAACAUAUAUAAAACAGCGUCUUUCGUGGAUUACGACGACAAGUGGGGCGCUCAAUCCAAGUCGAGAGACGCUGAAGGCAGUGAAUGCGUUCUUGAUGCCUGACCCAGGAGGAAAAGGAAAGGAGGUGGUAGUCAGCAAGGGCGAAGAUGUCAUCGAGGAUCAUUUGGUCCUCGUGGACGAACUGGGAAAUGUGAUCGAUUUGACGGAUUCUGAGCGUGCCGAAGCAACAACACCCGAGCAAAAGAAAGGGAACGAUCAAGAGAUAUCUUUGGAGAAGCAAGAUACGCCCAUCUCGACCUCCCACUCCAAGCCCGAAUCCCUCGAUAGCGAGAAACCGGAGACUCUAACACCCACGCACAUCCCUGUUACAGAUAUCCCCUACGAGCUCCUCUCAAAACCUUCUCCACCUCCAUCGCUCCAAUCGCCUAGCACGUCCAGUCCCACACACGCACCAACGCCCCCUCCACUCGACAGCAAACCGAACUCACCUCCCACUCCCGAUCCAACCACUCGUUCCUCCAACCCUCCACACCACGUCCCAUCCUCCCUCCCAACCCAACUCUUCGCAACCCUCCUAUCAACACCAAAAUACCACUUCACCCGCACACUAACCUCUUCUCUCUCCACACUCCCCUCCGGCACCGCCACGGGCCUCGCAACCUUUGAACCCCUCUCCUCCUCAUCCAGUCCUUCCCAUCGCGCACUGCUGUAUAUCGAAACCGCCGACUUCGUCACCGAGAACGGUGUACGGCUUCAGGCGACGAGGCGGUAUGUGUAUCGUCUUGAAACCAGUAGAAGUACUAGUACUUCAUCUUCUCCUCCGCCUUUCUCAGAUACCAUGCACCGAGACGCCGGCGAGGUAGAGGGAGGGGAGUUUAUAGCACUUUACUUCCCGCCCGAUUCCCCGGACGCGCAGGCGCACACAACCUCAUCCCUCCCCGACCCCGACGCGAGCAACUUAUUCGUCGAAAUGGGUCCGAUAUCUCUCUCCUCCCCCUCCUCCUCCUCUUCUCCAGAAACCACCCCAGUCGCGCAAGUCUACGAGGCACAGCAUCGCGAGAAACACCUCUGCGGUCAAGAUAUCUAUUCCGCAGCGUGGAAAUUCAGCGGCGCAAUGUUCGACGGUGGUGGUGCCGGCGCGCGGGAUCAGCGGGAGGGAGGAAACGGGAAGGAAAGUGGGAGGGAUGAUGAAGAUGAUGAUAAUGGUGGGGGAAAGUGGUGGGAAGUACGGUACGAUGUUGUGGGGCCGCGGAAGAGGUAUGUGAGUGUUACGAGGUAUACUGCUGUUCUAUGAGGAACGGUGGAGGGCUGGUUUGGUAAGAUAUCAAUGUGAUCGCAUUCGUACUUUGUUAAAUUGACUGACGGAAGAAGUGAGAAGAAUGGAGCAGAGAGAUAGAUGCAACAAAAUGAAAAAGUGGAUUGCAGCGCUUGAACACGCCCCCAUCCCUAAAACGUCGAUAGAUCUAAGAACGUCCACGCCGGUUCAUAUGCGAAUCCGAAAUCCUUCCAGUCCCCCUCUCCCUCCAAAAUCCCUCCUCUCCAUUCUCCGCCAGUGAAAGAAAUCCCCACCACCGACAAGCCCAUCAACCACAUCCAACGCCCCCUCGACCGCCUUCUCCAACACCUCCACCCUCCUCCGCAAAACCUGACUCUCCUCCCUCUCCCGCGCCAGCCUCGCCCAGAC